GGUUUUGUGAUGUACGUCAGUGAAAACAGCUUGGCGACAAAUAUGGCGCUGGUCGAGACAAUACUGUAAUGCUAGGAGAAUAAAUGAGCAAAAUAAAAAACUCAGUUUUAGUGACAUUCUUUAUUUCUAGUUGUGUUUGAUAGCGGGCGUCAUGGAAACAGAGGAGCAGGCGAGAACUCGUUUCCAGUCGGAACUGGAGUUUGUUCAGUGUCUGGCGAACCCCAAUUAUCUGAACUUUCUGGCUCAGAGGGGCUUCUUGCGCGAAAAACCUUUUGUGAAUUACCUGAAGUAUUUGCUUUACUGGAAAGAACCGGAAUACGCCAAAUUCCUGAAAUAUCCUCAUUGCCUGCACAUGUUGGAGCUGCUGCAGUACGAGCAUUUCCGCAAGGAGCUGGUGAAUGCCCAGUGUGCCAAGUUCAUCGACGAGCAGCAGAUCCUGCACUGGCAGCACUACUCCCGCAAGCGUACGCGUCUUCAGCAGGCUCUCGCCGAGCAGCAACAGCAGCAGCACCAGCAGCAGCCUCCGACCGCCUCGCAUGGCAACGCCGCCUCAAAAUGAACCCAGACGGAUCUUCAUCAGCUAGUGUAAAUAUUGUAUAAUUGUAUGUAUUGUAUUUCUUUUCCUGUGCGAUGACACCGAGACACCGAGUCACUGGUCUACAGCGACAACAGGUUUGUGAUUAAAGAAUAUCAGAGUGUAAUACAACCUGAAUUUGGCACCAUGACAAUGAAAAGUUAAAAGAUUAUGCAUUAAACCUUUAGUUUAGAUUAAAGAAACAUUUUCCAGUGUUCAGGGUGUUCAUGCAUAUCUGCAAACGUCAGCAAUUCUGGUAAACGUAUUAAAUAUAUAAGCCAGUCCUGGUGAAUUUUCUUUUCUUGCCUUUUUUUUUUUUUUUUUUUUACUUUUACAGAUGUUGUCUCUUAAAUGACUGAUGCUUGAUGAUCUGUUAACAAGCACGAAAGCAUGGAAAAGCAAAUGAAAAUACACCCUGCAUUGUAUCUGCACUGCAACUGCUUAAUACCAUGUGCCUUUAUUUUCAGGCGUCAACUUUCUAUUAUUCGUUACACAAAAUAAAGACUUUCGUACGACA